GGCAACCAACGGUAUGUCUAUCUGACCGCAUUUCUGUGUUGCACCAAUCACAGAGAGAGUUUUGUCCCUGAAUCCACGUCAUCUGGUAGUAAGACAAAAUGGACGCACUCAGCCUGGAACCCACUCUGUACACCGUGAAGGCUGUGCUCAUCCUGGACAAUGACGGAGAAAGACUUUACGCCAAGUACUAUGAUGAAACCUAUCCCACUGUGAAAGAGCAGAAAGCUUUUGAGAAGAACAUCUUCAACAAGACACACCGCACAGACAGUGAGAUAGCGCUCCUAGAAGGUCUUACCGUUGUGUACAAAAGCAACAUUGACCUCUACUUUUAUGUUAUUGGCAGUUCACAUGAAAAUGAGUUGAUGCUUAUGUCAGUGCUUAACUGUCUGUUUGAUUCGCUCAGCCAGAUGCUAAGGAAAAAUGUUGAGCGGCGGGCCUUGCUGGAGAACAUGGAGGGACUGUUCCUGGCAGUGGAUGAGAUUGUGGAUGGGGGAGUCAUUCUGGAGAGCGACCCUCAGCAGGUGGUGUACCGUGUGGCCCUCAGAGGGGAUGAUGUUCCUUUAACAGAACAGACUGUGUCUCAGGUGCUUCAGUCUGCAAAAGAACAGAUCAAGUGGUCCUUACUGCGAUAGGAGAGUUGUCUCUGCUGUCACAUACACACCUACCAACACUCACUCACCUGAUAACAUCAUUCCUAUUCCUGUGUGUCCCAGAGAUCAUUGCACUGAAGUCUUCUGAUUGAGCCACCAAUCAGAACCAGCCAGGCCUACUGUGGCAUUUUCUAUCCUCCAUUUCCUGUCUUGAUUAUCCAUUCCCAUGUGGUGGGAGAUCCAGAGCUCUUAUCGCCCAGACAACAGGAUUAGUUUUUUUUUGUUGUCUCAACUCCACACAUCCUUACUGUCUCUAUGGCUGUUGUUGAUUCCAACCUUUUCUAUUAGAGUACCAACAAAUGUGAUCUGACCAGUAUGAAUCACCCAGUAUUCACCUAUUCCUAAGGGAUUUUGCCUAUUUCAGUGGGCAUUUUAGUGGGCACAGCUGUUAGCUGUGUUAAUAAUUGUAUGGUAUAUGAAACAUGACUAUUAGUAAAACACUGAGCCAUCUCCUUGCUGUGCUCGUGUCUCUUUGUAUACAACCUUUAUUAGAGAUUCCACUAAAUGUGGCAACUUUUUGCUUGUGUAGUUGUGCAUGAAGCAUACAUUUUGUGAUUUAAAAUGUGAUAAUUACAAUGAUAUGCAGGCUUUCUUUACAUUGUGUUUCUCUUGUCGUUGUGAAAAGAACUUGGAUCAAAUAAACUUUAUUUAAACCAGCAA